UAUUAAAAUUAUCUUAAAAAAGAUUUUACCUCUUUCAGAUAAAUAUUUUAAGGAUAUAACAGUCCGAUAUAUUAACCUGCAUCAGGUUACUGAAAGGUAGCAGAGCAUGGCUGUCGCGGAUACCGACGAGGGGGACACAAGAGAUGUCCCCAUCCUUCCCUCCGAACCAGCUCCCUCUGAGCCUGAGACUGAAUCCCUCCCCGGCCCUCCACAGCAACCCGCCCCUCAGAUUCCUGCUGUGCCCGCCCCUCCUGUUCUAACGGAUGAAGAAGCUCUCGCUGCUUUUCCUGUCGCUAAGCUUACUAAGCUAGAUGAACUCAUCUCAAACCCAAGAUGGGUUAUCCCUGUUCUGCCUGGUGGAGAACUAGAGGUUCUACUUGAUGCUGCAAUAGAUCUCUCUCGACGUGGAAUAGAUACACAAUCAGAACCUUGUCAACGGUUCUACAGAGAGGGGUUGACGACCAGUUUCACCAAGAUAAUGACGGACGAGGCCGUCUCCACCUGGAGGUUUGAUAUCCACGAGUGUAUCAGGAAGAACUCGGAGAAACUUUUAGAACUUAUCUGCACUAAACUUCAGGGAGACUGGUUUCCACUUCUUGAUCUGCUUCCGAUGGUAUUCAAUCCUGGAAACAAAUUCCAUCUUUACAAUUCAAGCAGGGCAAGUGAGACAUGUCCUUCUUCCCAGUCCACAGAUGAUGUUGACGUCUUUGCACAGUCUACAAACCCUAGAACAACUAAAGGUUGGUUGGUUGAUCUGCUCAAUACUUUCGGUAAACAUGGAGGAUUUAAGAAGCUACAUGAUCGGAUUCUUUCCGGGGAAACCUUGACCAUCCCUCUCAUCUUCUCCCUCAUCAGACCAUUUGGGCUCUGCUACGAGUUCCUGACCGUGAGAACCGUCACGACCUAUUUCCUCCCCGUCAUCGACGCUGUCCCUAAGUUCCUGGAGAAUUUAACAGAUGAGGAACUGAAAAAAGAAUCCAAGAACGAGAAUAAGUAUGAUACGAUCAGUGCUGUGGUCAAGAGUUUAAAGCAUCUGUGCAGCCUUGUCCCAGGCAGAGAGGAGAGUGUUCGCAGCCUGGAGAUGUUCAGGUUGAAGAUGCUCCUUAGGCAGCUUCAGAUAUCAAGCUUCAGUGGAAAGAUGUCCGCCCUGAAUGAAGUUAACAAAGUUAUCCAUAGUGUUCAUUAUACCCCAGGCAGAUAUAAUACUCACAACUCUGAAAACGAGGAUUGGUUGACAGCUGACCGAAUGGCUGCCUGGAUCAAGGAGAACAAUCUGAUCAAGAUCGUGCUCAGGGACUCCCUCCACCAGCCCCAAUACGUGGAGAAGCUUGAGAAGAUUAUCAGAUUUAUCAUAAAAGAGAAGGCUCUAACGAUGUCAGAUUUGGAUGAUAUUUGGGCAGCACAGGCUGGGAAACACGAGGCAAUAGUAAAGAAUAUCCACGAACUGUUGGCUAAGCUAGCCUGGGAUUUCUCUCCUGAUCAGCUAGAUCAUCUCUUCGAGUGUUUCCAGGCAAGCUGGAAGGGGGCAGCGAGUAAACAAAGAGAAAAAUUACUUGAACUUAUUCGGAGGCUGGCAGAGGAUGACAAGGACGGAGACAUGGCGGAGAAGGUUUUGAAAUUGUUUUGGAGUUUAGCGCAUUCUACUGACGUAACCACAGAUAUCAUGGAUCAAGCUUUAACUGCUCAUGUCAAGAUCCUGGAUUAUAGUUGUACACAGAACAGGGACGAGCAGAAGAGUAGAUGGUUGGACAAGUGUGUAGAGGAACUGAAAGCAAAUGAACAAUGGGUUCUUCCGGCUCUCAAGCAGAUCAAAGAUAUUUGUACACUCUACCAGGAGCAGCCGCCUACUGGCACACAGCGUACCCCCGGGCCGGUACUCACGUACAGACAUGACGUCAUCAACGGACUUCAACGUACACAUACCCUGGUUAUCCUCAUAGCAGAUAAUCUUACUGAGUACAUGGACCGAAUUCGUUCAAUGGGAGACGCUGCAGCCACUCUAGAUCCUAAUGAGUUUGCACCGGAUGGCAGGUACUGUCACUCUCUGCAAGUAUCCGAGAGGUUGAACUUUCUGCGCUUCUUGUUACGAGACGGUCAACUGUGGCUGUGUGCACCGCAGGCCAAACAGAUUUGGACUUGUCUUGCGGAGAACGCGAUUUUUCCUUCUGACCGAGAACAGUGCUUCAAAUGGUUCAGUAAACUGAUGGGUGAUGAGCCGGACCUGGACCCGGAAAUAAACAAGGACUUCUUCGAAUCCAAUCUUCUCCAGCUAGAUCCUGGACUACUCACAGAGGCAGGGAUGAAGUGCUUGGAGAGAUUUUUCAAAACUGUAAAUAUCAAGUUGGUUGGUUGGUUGUGUAAAUAUAAAGGAAGAUACACCAGGAACUCUCCAAAUCUAGGUCCUAGACUUCAGGCACAGCAGACUGUAAUCCAUGAGGAUUUCAUUGCUCACUGUAUGGAUAUCUUGAAGUCCGCCUACGAUACCAUCACCGUGAUUAAGAAGCAGAAGGAGAAGAAGGAGAUUGAAGAUCUAACUCUGAAAAUUUGCAGAACCAUGAAGGUCCUUCAUGAAUAUAUCAGUGAGUGUGAUUACUACUACCUGGAAGAGCGAACCCUUCUCCCCCUAUACAGAGCAGCACGAGGGAAACAGAUCCUGCUCACCAUACGAUACAAUAAUCCUGGUAGACAGAUAGAGGAUCUAGAGCUGUACAUGCAUGACAAGGAAACCCUGGCUUCUCUUCGGCGAACUGUUUUCUCUAAACUGAAAGCUAAUCCAUGUAGUCUCAAGUUAGAGCUUGCUCUGGGGCAGGACCAGCUUGAAAGCGCAGACGACAGGAAAAUUUUAGAAAAACUGGGUAUUAAAGAUAAAACUAUUAUCACCGCUAAAUUAAGCCAGGUUGGAAGUGGAGCUGGAGCAAGUAGUCCUGAUUCUAGUUCAGAUUCUAGCUCUGGGUCCCCUCAACACAACAUGUACGAUGGACCUAAUGUCGAGGCGGAGGCUUGUCUCCCAGGGGUCAUCCUUAGCUCACAGGGAAAUCAUUCGACCUUCUUCUGUGACCUGUCAGACCUCGGCAGUUGUAUCCCUGACCCUGUACUUCGUGAUUCUGCCCAGGCACUUCUUAAACUUCUUCCACCAGAAGUAGAAGUUAUCAGACGAAUCAAACACAAGUGUGCAGAAGCCCAACAGAAGGAGAAGUGUAACCUUGAAUCAUAUUUCUCGAGUUCUAGUCCAGCUCUAACCCUUUAUCAGUUGGAAGUCUGUCAUGCUCUCCUACUUCCAGCUGGAGGAGAACAGGAUGUUUUGGGUGAUGGGACCUUUAAGGUUCAGCUUGCUCUCAUACUUGGUGGAGCUGUCAAAUGUUUCCUCAAUAUGCUCAUCUCAGACUCGUUAACUGCUGUAGAUCCGGUGAUCAGACUGCAAACCUACCUGGUGCUUCUUAAGAUAAACAAGUUCUUACUCCUGGUGGUCGCACACUCCUUGCUGUACAUGGUGGUGGACGCACAGUCCCCUGAUUCAGGAAUUAAGGUGUCUACUGCAACACACAACCAUGCUGUAAUGUUACAGCAGGGUAUCCAGGCUGCUAUACCGUGUCCUGGAGAAGGCCAUGUAAGACAAGUUGCACUGCGGCUGGGACAAACACUUCUGCAGAAGGGGGCAGGAGAUCUUCCAGGGAUGCCACACGUCAGAUGUGUAUACCGGCUAGCAUGGGCAGCCGCUGCUGGAGAUUUAACUCUUCAGUCAGCCUCCCCUGAGAAGCUGAGAGCUGCAGUGCUUGCUGUGGAGAACCUGUCUCCUGACCUCAUCUGCCUUGCCAGGGAGGCCAUGGAGGUGUUGACACUUACCAUAGCUCUGCAUCCUGAAGCUUUAGAACAAUUGGUGAAGGACAAGGUUGGGCAAGCCUUUGUUCUAGAUCUUGUUCUGCUGUGUAGGGAUCGAAGUAUCAGACAGGCUGCUUCUGAACAAUUCCUUAUGAUGACUACACGGGCUACUGGAGAAACUCAUUACGUCAAGUUCAUGAUAACUCUACUCUUCACUGUAAUCAAUUCUAUAGUAAGUGAGCAUCCAGAGCAGAGCUCAGAGUAUUUCAACCUGAUAUCCAGACUCCUGGCUUACCUGGCAUCCAAUAGGACAACGUUGAACAAUGUACAAGCUCUUCUCUCACAGGAAGUUGAUCUGCUUUCCAAAACGAGGGUUAAGGUGGAGGAGACAGGAGAGCCUGGUAUCUCUAACACCCUCCUGGAGGGACAUCUUGCCAUUACAAGAGAGCUUGUGAUGUUCCUGCCUCCAGAUAAAAAGCAGGAGGUUGGAGCAACCAAGAUUGGUGGUGGUCUGGUAAAGGAACUGGUUGAAGACUGGAUAUUCCCAGCCAGUAAACUCUGGGUUGUGUACAGCCAAACCGGAAAUCUUCCAACGGAUAAAACAGCAGUUUGUCAAACUCCCGCCACAACAAGCGCUGCAUUCGAGCUUUUGGUGGCCCUCUGUUCGGGUUGUUCUGGUAACCUCUCUCUUCUUGCCACAAUGUUGGCAGACAUGUUCUAUAACCGUGUUGAAUGUUUAACAGAAUGGGAUUAUUUACCCCCUGUCGGGCCCCGCCCACAAGGCGGAUUUGUUGGACUUAAAAACGCUGGUGCCACGUGUUACAUGAACUCUGUACUGCAACAGCUGUUUAUGUUGGAGGGAAUUAAACGUGGCAUUCUGGACGCGGAGGGAACUUGCAAGGAUCCAAAUGAGGAUUUCUCCGCCGAAGAUAGGAACGAAGACGACGGUCCAGAGGAGGAAGGAGAUCGGAAUGAUUACAAUGUCACCAUUUUGAAGCAAAUCCAGGCCAUUUUCGGUCAUUUGUCAGAAACUCAACUUCAAUAUUAUAUUCCCAAGGGCUUAUGGAAACAUUUCCGAAUGCUUGGUGAACCGGUGAAUCUGCGCGAGCAGCAAGAUGCUGUGGAAUUCUUUAUGACAUUAAUUGAAACUUUAGACGAAGCUUUAAAACAUGUCGGACAUCCUCAGGUUUGUUCAUCUGUCCUUGGUGGUAUUAUUUCCGACCAGAAGAUUUGUAAGACUUGUCCUCAUCGAUACAGUAGACAGGAACCCUGCUCCGUUAUAUCUGUAGAUGUAAAGAACCAUUCAAAUCUCAUGGACAGCUUAGCCGAGUAUACCAAGGGUGAGCUGUUGGAGACUGAGAAUGCGUACUACUGUGAACAGUGCAAUAAGAAGGUGGAUACUGUUAAACGACUCUGCGUCAAGAAACUGCCUCCAAUCCUUGUUAUCCAGCUAAAACGGUUUGAUUAUGACUUUGAGCGGGAGACUGCGGUGAAAUUUAAUGACUAUUUCGAGUUCCCACGAGAGCUAGACAUGGAACCUUACACAGUUGCUGGAUUAGCUCGGCGAGAAAAUGAAGCUGUAGACUGUGGACCAGAGGAUCUGGAUCCAGGUGUUGUUAGAACAUAUGUUCUACGCGGUAUGGUGGUGCACAGUGGACAGGCUAGUGGUGGACAUUAUUACAGUUAUAUACGGCAAGGUAGCAAGUGGUAUAAGUUUGAUGAUGGUGAUGUCACCGAGGUGUUUAUGCAAGAUGAUGAGGAGCUGAAGAACCAGUGCUGGGGAGGAGAAUAUUUAUCUGAGGUGUUUGAUCACGUGCUAAAGCGAAUGUCUGUACGAAGGCAGAAAAGAUGGUGGAAUGCUUAUAUGCUGUUCUACUGUAGAUCUGAUCUAGAUAAUCCUGUAGAUAUUAUCAAUACAGGGAUACAGGGUAUGCGGUUAACGAAUAAAAUGCCUGGACCUAUUGAGAAAUCUAUUGUUAAACAAAAUGUUCUGUUUCUUCACAAUAGAAACCAGUUUUCUCCAGAAUACUUUAAUUUUAUGAAGAAACUCAUCAGCUGCAAUACAGGGUUUGUAACCCCUGCUAGCGGCGAGCAGCUGAGCAAGGAGCAGGAAGAUAUUUGUUUAACUACGGUUCAGCUGGCUUCAGCUUUUCUCUUCAGUAUUGGGUUCCAUACAAAGAAAUCUAUUCGGGGUAACUCAAUGGAUUGGUAUGAGAUCCUUUCUAUCCAUCUGAGGUACUCUAGAGCAGCGAGGUCCUGGUUUUGCAACAACAUACUGUUCUCCACCCCUGCACGGUUCGCGGAGUACCUCCUAGAGUGUCCCAGCCCGGAGGUUCGUUUAACGUUUUCCAAACUGCUCGUCUUCUGCGCUCAUUUCUCUGCACCAGACGGUCCUGUAGCUACACCAGCCUGCUUAAACCAGAUACAGACAGAGAUUCCUCCUGGAGCUGGAUUAUCGGAGCAUAUUCUUCUGGCGGUCCUAUCUCUGCUCUGGGCGGAGGUGGCGGACUAUGGUCGGCACCUAUCUCAGUAUUUCGGCCUGUUUGUUAUGUACUGUUCUCUGGGAGAACAUGAGAAAUUGCAGUUGCUUAAUCUUAACGUUCCAGCGUUAUUCAUGCAGGUUGCCCUGGAUGAUGGACCUGGACCUCCAAUAAAAUAUCAGUAUCCAGAGCUUGGAAAACUUUAUCAGGUUGUAUCUAACCUUGUCCGUUGCUGUGAUGCAAGUUCAGUUACCCAGUCUGCAGUGGAGGGGGUUGAGCCAGCUCCAAACCCAUACCUGGAGCCCUCUCUCCAGCAUGGAUACUUGGCUCCUAUACAGAUACCGGUUUCGGAACACCUUUUUCAGAGGUCUGCUUACCUGAAAAAGUUGAUAGAAGAUGCUAACAGUAGUGAGGAUACUAAGAAACUUCUCCAGUUCUGCUGCUGGGAAAACCCUCACUUCUCUCACACUGUUCUAUACGAACUACUCUGGCAGAUUGCAUUUGCGUAUACAUACGAACUCAGACCCUUCCUUCAACUCCUUCUUGGCAUGCUCCUGAUGGAGGACUCAUGGCAAACUCACAGGAUUAUGAAGGCCCUCAAGGGGAUCCCUGACGACCACUCCGCCAGGGAUGGACUCUUCGACACUAUCCAGCGGUGUAAGAACCAUUACCAGAAGCGGGCCUAUCAGUGCAUCAAGAUGCUGGUCACCCUGUUCUCUCAGUGCCAGGCCGCAAAGAACAUCCUGCAGGCGAAUGGAGAUUUGAAGAAGAAAUGGACCUGGAGCGUGGAGUGGUUGCACGAGGAGCUAGAACGGGUCGGAACACAACGAGCUCCGUAUAGCAACACUAGCGGUAGUGGGUACUAUUCCAACUGGUCACCGCCGGCGGGUAGUAAUGAGACCGCUAACGGAUACUUCCUCGAGCGAUCACAAUCGGCGCGGCUCACACUGGAGAAGGCCUUCGAGCUGCUGCCGGAUGAGGACGAAGAGGAAGGAGAUGAGGGUGUUGGAGUAGCAGCUGGACCGGCAGGCGAGGAAGACGGCGGCAAGAAAGGACAAAAUUCCGCCGUUCAACGUCCUCCAGACCGAUAAUAAGCGUUUUGUAAACAUAAAUUUUCAUACAAAAACGUGCGUAAAUUAUUAAUAUGAAAACUAUUUCUAUGUUAGUUUUAUACAAAAUAUUUUAUUUUUUUCAUUCUUGAGAAAAGGACAAUAAUCAAAACGUUGAUAUAAGCGGCGUUGCAACCAAAUAUAUUAUUCACAUAAUCUCGUAACAAUUUUAGAUUAUCAUCGGUUUCCGAGAUUUAAUAUGAAAAAAAACUUUGGCCAUCAUUUUUGUCCUUAAGAUAUUGGCGCAGUUUCAUGGUUUUUAAUCAUUAUUUAAAAUUAAAAGUGUGUAGCUUAACCCUAUUCAGGCUGACGUCU